GGGGACGUGAUGAGGGUCCUGGGUCAGAACCCCACCAACGCCAAGGUGCUCAAGGUCCUGGGGAACCCCAAGAGUGAUGAGAUGAAUGUGAAGGUGCUGGAUUUUGAACACUUCCUGCCCAUGCUGCAGACUGUGGCCAAGAACAAGGACCAGGGCACCUAUGAAGACUAUGUUGAAGGUCUUCGAGUAUUUGACAAGGAAGGUAAUGGUACCAUCAUGGGUGCUGAAAUCCAGCACGUCCUUGUCACAUUGAGUGAGAAGAUGACAGAGGAAGAAGUAGAGAUGCUGGUGGCAGGGCAUGAGGACAACAAUGGUUGUAUUAACUAUGAAGAACUCACCCGUGUGGUGCUGAAUGGCUGA